UUAGACAUAUUAUUUAAAAAUGGCGGACGAUAAUUUUUAAACCAAUUUGUAUGAUUUUUAAGCUAUGAAUACCUCUAAAAGACGGCCAUUUAAGGUCUAUAAUUCCCAACGUAGUAAACGAAAAGGAGUCGUUGCUGAAAAUCUUGGAGAAUUGAAAGAAAAAGGCUGUCAAUCACUUGGCUUGACUGCCUCUUCUUGUCGGGUGUUUAUCGAUAGCGAUGGCACUGAAAUAGAAGACGACGAGUACUUUAGUUUUAUAGAAGAACAAAGUGUACUGAUGUUAGUAGAAGAUGGAGAGGAUUGGAGUUCGUUUGAAGAUGCAUUACUACCCCAGGCUGGUACGAGAACAUAUUCCUCUUUCAACCCAAGCCUGGAAAGCAACGAGAGUCUAGAAAUGGACCACGCAGAUGCAUUGGUACCAAUUUCUGAAUUCCUGGUGCAACAAAUAAGGAAGAAUGCAAUGUUUUUUGUUUCUUUCUCUGAUGAACAGUUACAAACUGUCAUAGAUUGCGACUUGGCAUAUUUGGCGAUGGUUCUUGGGGCUCAAGCUAAAGAGGUUCAACACUAUAAAGAAACAUGUCAGAGAGAGCUUGAUAAGCGUGCGGAGAUGCGUGAAGCUGGUGAAUUGCUCAAACUUUAUGAUAAAGGUGUUAGGCAGAAUGCAGCAAGCAGUGCGAGUGAACCAGGUAGCAAGAGGGUUAAAACACACUGACUGAGCUAAAAUUGUACAUGUAUACAUCAAUCUUGACAGUUUAGUAAAUCAUGAAAUUAUAGAGUGCAAACAAUUAAUCUGUGAAACACGAAUUACUAAAUUGUACAAAAUAGUGCUAAUUAAACAAUAGAAAACAAUGGAAUUUGCAUGAAAUUGUGCUAUUUAGUAUUACUAAAGUUUCACGGUUAUAUUGUUUGCACUGGGAGACAUCAUAAAUACAGGAUAUAACUAGGCUGUGUCGAGGUAAUAUCUUACAAGUAAGCACAGAGGACACGACGCUAUAUUCUGAACAUGAGAAGACACAUAUAAAAUCUGUCUCUCCAAGCAUCCAUGUAAUUGAUGUUUGUUUUUUUUUUACCUUCACGUGUACAAAAAAAGAUUAUCCAUCAAUGAAAAUCCUGAUAAUUUGCAUCAGAUCUGAAUGGGCUUUACAACUGCUUGCCAUUGUAAAUGCCUAUUCUCGACUUUCACAUCUCCAUAAUGCCUUGUGUUUUUGGGGGGUAACCAAUCAAAAAACUGUCCCAAAUUGAAAGGUUUCUUAAUUGAAUUUACACUAUACCUGCUUUUAU